AUGUAUUUGUAUUUACAAAGAAAUGUGGGAAACAAUUCUGAAGAUCAAGCAUUCAAGCGUAUGGAUGUGCACAUCACUACCAGUAGUCAUGUUAGACUGGCAAACAAAGAUGUCCAACUGGAGUACAGUUUGUUAAGUAUGGUGGUUGUACUUUGGACUUUAAUGGGAGAGGCUGAGAGGGGAACUCCUGCCUCAAAGAUAAGGGCAUUUGGUUAUUGUGAUAACAUUUCAUAUUUCCUUUGUCAACAAUCAUUUGGCGGUUGUACUUUGGACAUCUACAUGAUCUGUUCAGGAAAGCCAAUAGUACUUGUAAUUAGUCGGACCAACGAUAUACUCCAUAUAAUUUUCCUUACCAUGAUUCCAUCAUGCGCAAAUGCAAUUAUAUUUAAUGUUCAAAAUUUUGGAGCAAAAGCAAAUAAUAAUGGAAGGGAUUCGACAAAAGCCUUCUUGCAAGCAUGGUCUUUAGCUUGCAGUUCUACAGCACCUGCGAUGAUGUGGAUACCUCGUGGAACUUAUUUGGUUAACACAAUAGCUUUUAAUGGUGCUUGUAAAAGUGCAAGAGUUACGGUUCGGAUCGAUGGUAAAAUUCAGGCGCCUCCUAGCAGUUAUUGGGAAAUUUGGAAUUACGGGAACUGGAUUUUGUUUCAAGGCAUCAAUGGUUUAACCGUCAAUGGUGGGAUUCUAGAUGCACGUGGAUCUCCGUUUUGGAUUUGUAGGAGAGCUAGUGCGGAUUGUCCGCAAGGCGCUACGUCGUUGUCGUUCAACAAUGUUAAAAAUGGCAUCAUCAGCGGUGUUGUGUCUAUUGAUAGCCAAAAGGCUCAUAUGGCUAUCAAUGGUUGCAAAAGCAUGAAGAUUAGAAAAGUGACUCUUAUUGCGCCCAGUCAGAGCCCAAACACAGAUGGUAUAGACAUAGAAUCAUCAACUGGUAUAAAAAUCCUUGAUUCAAGCAUCAAAACAGGUGAUGAUUGUAUUGCAAUAGGUCCUGGCACCAAAAGUCUGUUGGUUCAACGCAUAGCAUGUGGACCGAGACACGGAAUAAGUAUUGGGAGCCUGGCUAGAAGUCCGAAUGAAGCAGGGGUGGAAGGAAUUAAAGUAAAGGAUGUAACCUUCACUGGAUCGGAUAAUGGAUUACGGAUUAAAACAUGGCCGAAACCAAGUGAUGGUUUCGUAAAGAACGUUCUUUAUCAAAAUAUCGUUAUGAAUAAUGUUCGGAACCCAAUCAUUAUUGAUCAGAUUUAUUGCCCCGGUACCAAGGGCUGCUCUGACCAGAAUUCGGGACUCAAGAUCAGUGGGGUAACGUACCUAAACGUAACUGGAACAUCAGCAACACCAAUUGCCAUUAGCUUCCAUUGCAGUGCAACUACCCCGUGCGACGGAAUCAAAUUAUACAAUGUUAAUCUCACUUAUUCAAAGCAACCUGCCAAGUCAUAUUGUUUCAGCGCCCUCGGAACAUCCUCAGCGGGACAACCCACUCCUGGAAGUUGCUUCUAG